GCGAAAAACGUAAAAAAUUACUUUAUUGCUACUGAUAUUUGAUUCAAAUGCGAGAAAAAGCAAUAUUUUGUGACCAAAUAAAAUAAAAAAAACCAUGUACACAUUUCAACUUAUAGUAUGAGAAUAGUUUUUAAUAGUUUUUGGUUUUCAUUCACCGAAUAAAGGAAGUGAACAUUACAAAAAUACCAAAAAAAAAUGAUUUUGCCAAGUGUUUUCGUGCAGAUACCAACGCAAAAUGCGAAUUUGGUACCAUCCCGACCGAGUGUUAGUCAAUCCACCAAAGAAAUUAAAGCCGAACCAUCAUUCAAAUCUGAAAUUGAUAAUGCGAAUCAGGUGCAGGCGGUUGUGGCCUCAAAAGUGAAUAAAGAUUUACAAUCAACACCUGGUGCAGUGUCAAAAAAUCAAAAAUUUCCAAACACGUGUAAUCAAUCAAAUUUGACGGCCAAUUUAGUAACAGCACGACCAAAAGUGAAAUGCUUCAAAUGUGAACAGUGUCCGUUCAUGAGCAUCAGUCAGGAUGGCUACAAUAAUCACAUACAAACCGUACACAAUAAUGAUCAAAACAGUGAGAGUGCAUCGAAUCGAACGUUUCGCAAUAAAAUGCUGUGUCCAGGUUGUGAGAAUGUGUUUUAUAGUAAAAAAUCGUUAAAAAUUCAUUUAGUCAAUGAUCACCAAAUGUCGAAGCCAGAUAUUAGCCAAUUGUUAGAAAGUUUAUUUUCCAAAAAUAAAAAGACGACGAGUCAAUGCUCCAAUUCCAAUGAUACGGCUGAUUCAAUAAUAUUGUCACCAUCACCAUCGACAAUGGUGAUGACAGUGACAACGGCCACAACGACGACAACCAAUCCAAAUGAAAAGGUGGCGGAAAAGCAAAAAAUUUAUUUAAAAAAUGUCGAAGUACUUCAGAAUCCACGAUUCAACGGUUGUCAAUUUGGUGUACAAAAUACACCGCCCACCAUAUUAUCGCCGUCCGAAACACAAAGCGAAUGCUCAUCAAAUUUAACCGAUGAAAUUACCAACAAUGAUCGAUCAAUUGUUGAUGAGCUUAAUUACAAUCGGAUGCCUGUACAUACAACAUUUAAUCAGCUAGAUAAUAAUUGUUUAUUUCAACAUCACAUUUCAAAUAACAUUGAAACAACAUUCCCGCCAAUGGUGCCAACAACACAAACAUUGAGAAAUGAAUGUUUGAAUAUGACUGACAGCCGUGAACGAAUGCCAAUGAAUGCCAUUUCACCGAUUAUCGAAAUUGCACCAAUCGAUGAUUCGCAAACAAAUCGACCCGAUUCGGGUAGUUCGGUAAAAUUUAGCGAAAAUUUUAUGAACACCGAAAACAUUUGCUGGCCAAAUGAUACCGUAACCACAAGCAAUAAUGAAUUUUCAUAUCAAAAUACACACACUCACAUGAAUCACGCCCAACAACAGCCGAGCAUAAAGAUUUCAUCGAACUUAAACAUAACACCAUCAGUAUCGCCUUUAUCCACAGUGCCAUUGAAUGAACGCAAAAAAAUUUACAUAAAAAAUAUUGACAUUUUAAAAGAGCCUCUAAUCAAACCCACAACAACGCAAACUGUUAACUUGACGGAUUCACAUUUUCGCAAAAAUACAUUACAUCUGCGCACCGUUGAUGAAGUGAAUCUGCUGAUCAACAAGCCACAUGAGAAUAAUAGUUUUAAUCAAUCGGACGGUGUUACGCUUAACGAGGACGAGUAUCGGUUUGUGCUGAAUGAUGCAAGCGAAUAUAAUAACAUCAUACCACAGUAUCUCGAGAAUGACGUCAAUGAUUUUAUGUUUACCAAUGAACCUCAAAUGCCAUCUAACCUGGUGGAGUACUAUAACGUCGGCGGUGGAAAUAGCGGCGGGGGAGUAGGAGGUACCGGUAAUUCAAACUACGCGAUUACGAAUCUUGAUUCAAAUGCUCAAAAUUAUACCAUCGCCAGCAAUACAAACACAUUCGAUUCGGUCAUGUUCGAUAGUCAAGAUCGUUCCAUUUGCAAUGGGAUUUUGGGUAACAUUCCGAAUUCCGAUUUGUAUCCCAUGAACCAUACCAGCAUCAAUUUGAAUGGACCAACACCAUCCGAUGAUUAUUUGGACCAUGAUGGAAAUCAUUUCAUUGGUAAUAAAUGUAUGCCAAUGAAAGCACUCGAUAAUACCGACUACAUGAUUGUUUCGGAAGAAAUUAUCGAUAUUUUGGAUCUAACCAACGAUGAAGUGGAGCAAUUUCUCGACGACAACAUGAUCUCAUCUCAAGAUUUUGACACGCUCAAUUCACCGAGAUUAUCGCAAUCGGUAACGCAACAACAACAACAACAACAGCCACCACCACAACAACAUGAGCUAUAUAAUCGAGUUCCAAGAAUAAAUUUUGCUACAAAUUUAACCAAAGUUGCGUCACCUCAAACGAUUGAAUACAAGGGAAAAGACAUUGAUAUGCGUCCAUUAGAAACACCAACCAUUAAUUUAGAUUCAACAGUAGCCACCGAAACUGAUGUUGAAACAAUUGAUACAAUCAAAUUGAUUACAAUGCCAGUGUCAGUCAACAAGAAAAAGAGUGGGCGCACCAAAGGAGCCCGACAAAUAAAUGGUAUCAGUAAUCGUAAUAACGUCAUCACAACUAAAUGUAGUGUCAGUAAUUGUGGUAUGCGAUUCGCAACUCAAGCAGCUAUUUCACUUCACGAACAAUGUCAUACGUCCGACAAUAAGGUGAUUCGAUGUCCGAAAUGUGAAAUCGAUACGACAACGUCCGAAUCAACGACGAUUUCGUCUCCUGUUUCAAAUUCAGCAAAUGAAAUGAGCAACACUGAUGGAGAUUCAACAGAAGCAGCAGCAGCAACAACGACAACAACAACAACAACGACGACGACAAUAGCACAAUCGAUGUCAACGUUAACGACGGCAAUCAAUGGAAAAACCGCGCACAAUCGAAAUUGGAAUUGGAAUACAUUGCAUACACAUCUAUGGCGCGAGCAUAAUAUUGAUAUGGAAUUGUUUCAAUGUCCACAUUGUCCAUUUAAAACGCCAAUUUUAUCUCGGUUGAAAAACACCCACAUGAAAAUUCAUUCGGAUCGUCGUGAUUUUAAGUGUGAUUAUUGUUCAAAAGCCUUUAAAAAUGCACGUCAAAUGAAAAAUCAUCGACGCAUUCAUACACGUUUAACACCGCCUACAAUCACCCAAUGCAAAUACUGUGGCCAAUCAUUUUACAGUGCAAAGCAUUUGAAAGAGCAUUAUUUCACGCAUAACGAAGCAAUUGAACAUCAACGUCAACCGUUGGCACUUCAAUGUGACAUUUGCUCUAAAACAUUUAACAGCAAACAUACAUUGCGUGCACAUCAUUUGAAUCAUUUUGACGAUAAACGAUUUAAUUGCGAUGAAUGUGACUAUAAAUCAAAUGAUCACAAUGCAUUCCGACGGCAUCAAAUGAUCCAUAGGAAAGAAGUCAAAUACAAAUGUCCAUGUUGUGAAUUUCAAUGCAUUCAAAGUACCAACUACAAGAAUCACAUACUCAAAAAUCACCAAGAAUCGGCGAAAGAACUGAUGUUUAUGUGUGAUAAAUGUCAGUUUGUAACAGUCAAUAAGCGAAUGUACGAUGUGCAUUGUCUGAACCACAACAAUAAUCAAAUGUCAUCUGUUGAAUCGAAUUAAUGACAAAGCUUACGCGCGCUCGCUCUCUUUCUGUCUUUUGCUCUCUCCCGUCAUUCGCUCGUCACUCUCCCGUAUACAACGAAAUCAUUGAGCUUACACAGAGACAUGCUUGCUCGCAUUUUUUUUAUCCACAUUUACUCGCAUUGACGACGACAACGACGACGACGGCAGUAACAACAACGGCAGCAAUAGCACCAGUUCCAACCCAACGAAUCAAGUAUAUGUAUACGAGCGUGUAGCACAUUAAUGGAGAAGGCGAGAGUGACAACAAGUGGGCUGUGCAUUAGCUCCAUUUUUCCCAUUAGAUCACAUAACACACACUCUCACGCAAACGCACACACUCAUACACAGCAAAUAUGUUCACGUACUCUCCGCGUAGCAUAACAAACACAUUGAGAAUUCCGAAAAAGCUAUUCCAUUUCUAUCCACCUGUGCCACACACAUGUGUUCGCGAUUGAAAAGCAGAGGAAAAGCAUAAAAAAAACUAAACGUACGAAAUCUAAAUAGAAUUUUGCUCAGUGUGAAUUCAAAAAGAUAAGCAAAAGAAAAAUUGGCAAAUGUAUAAGUUUGAAAAGAUACUUGCACACUCUCUAUAUAAAUCACAAAGUAAAUGAUGAAGGAAAAUUGUUUUUGUACGUGUGCAACAAUUGAACAAAUGCUUAAAUAGCAAAAUGAGAUAGAAAGAAAAAGUAAAGACGAAACGCAGCGAAAGAAGAAGUGUGAGUGAGUCAGAGAGAGAGAGGGAAACAUCAUUGAGAUGUGUAUUUUGGAAAGCAGCCCGUACGUCAUACACACAUCACCAUGACACUGAGCUGGAGGUUUUUUUACGGAUUCGUGUUCAAGUUCAUUCGAAUUUAUAUACAUUUGCACAAAAUAGAAGGAAAGAGCGAACACACCAUCACCAUCAUCAUCAUCAUCAUCAUCAUCAGCAACAUCACGAGCACAAAUUUUCAGGGAAAAACAUUCAACAAGGCUUCGCCGAUAUAUGUUGCGUUUACUACUGUUGCUCAUGAAAUCGUGCUUUGCAAUGUUGCUGCCAAAUAUAUACAUUUAUAUAUCGAACGAACGCUGCACGGAUAUACGAUGUUUUGCUUCAUUCCUUCAUUUGCUCAUUCGCCUUUUCAAUGUUCGCAUUCGCGCAUAUCGAAAUGUCUAUAGCUUUCAAAUGUAAAGCCAAUAAAUAUUUUUGUUUAAGAGAAA